AUGUCAGCUCCUGAAUUCCUACAGGCUCUCCGCAGGUUCCUUGCACGUAGAGGAAUGUGUACGAUAUACUCCGAUAACGCCAAGACGUUCAAGUGUGUGGCAAAAGAACUCAAUUGUACAAAGAAAAUCCUCAAGGAACAACUAAUUCAAGAUUUCUCCUCUAGAAAUGCAAUCCAGUGGAGGUUUAUAGCUGAGCGGGCACCCUGGUGGGGAGGAUUUUACGAACGCUUGAUAAGAUCCGUUAAGUCUGCCCUUUGCAAGACCUUGUCAAGGAAAAUACUUCAGUUCGGAGAAAUGCAAACUUUACUGGCUGAAGUUGAGGCAAUGAUAAAUCCCAGACCUCUCACAUUCGUUUACAACGAAGACAGGGAACCCACACCACUGACUCCUGCUUCUAUGAUAAUGGGACGACGAUUAACGGCCCCGUCGUCAUCUAACAUGGUCGUGCCCUCCAGAGAUCUAUUACAAGAUGCUGAACAGUCCAUCAAUCUGCUGAAGACCACAUGGAGGAAGCAAAACGAACAUCUUGCGCAAGUCUGGCAGAGGUGGCACAAAGAGUACCUCACUGAGCUAAAAUCAGCAUACCACUCCAAGGGCUUGCAAGCUUCCGACGUAAAAGUCGGGGACGUCGUGCUCAUCAAGGAUACCGACACACCUAGACUGCAGUGGCAGAUGGGGGUCAUAGAGGAAACAUUCCCUAGUUCAGACAGGAAAGUUAGAGUCUGUGUUUUGCGCACUGCCAAUCGUACAACCAUACGCAGACCAGUACAGCACCUGUACAAGAUAGAGUCUGCUGAAGUUCAGCAUUCAUCCCAUCAACCAACUCCUCUGGCGGCAAGUUGUUGA